CAGGAAAAUCAUUUGGGAUGGAGAUUGCUACUACAAGGUGUUGUCUUGACAAGCAAGUCUCAUGGUUUUCGUCGAACCUGAGAGCAUUGAACGGGGGAAAUGCCCCAGGAUUUCCUUAUAAUUUGACUGACUGGAAAUUAAAGACUAAUAAUAAAAGGCUGGCUUAUUUGACUAUAGAUUCUGCUAGAAAGAAACAUAAAAGCCCUAUUGUCUGCAAGACACAUACCAUGCCCGUUGGUUUGGAGGAAUCCUCAUCUCUACAGUCAGAUCCUUUUAGUGAAGAUGAGCAUGCUUCUGAAGAUUCACCUGAGCAAACUCUUGCUAAACCACUAAGCAAUGACGAGGUGAACUUACAUGAAAUAAGUUUCUUUUUUUAUUUGUAAAUACACCAUUUUUUCUGUUCUGAAACAAUGAACACAUUCCAAUUUUGGACUGGGUGGCUGAAUAAUUGAGCAAAACGGAAAGGAGAAAUA